GCCGUGGGUUUUGUUUAUUACUGGCAUUAUGAGUACUCGAUCAGAGGAAGUGGCAUGUAUUUUUGAACAGAAUUGGUCCCAGACUUUGGUACCCAAAGGCAAAGCCGUUGGCUACACUACAGAAAUCCCUGGCUAGCUGCGUCUGAUCUAGUAGUAGCGAGGAAGUCGCCAAGUAUUAGUUACCGCGCACUGAGUGUGAGCGCUACGUCGUAUAAAAAGCAGGAAAGCAGGCUUUUUGCUCCACUUCGAGGACUUGAAGACAAGCAUUCUGUGAUCGCCGAAAUGCUGAAGCUGCCAGUGCUAGCGCUGCUAUUGGCGCUAUGGUCGGGAUGCGGCGUGGCAAUCAAGUUCCCAAUCGUUAUGGUGCCCGGCAUCGCUGGUAGCCAGAUCUAUGUGCGCCAUACGGAGAAGAUACCGUAUCCAGAAGCCUGCCGGCUUGUGUUCUCCUCCGAUGACUGGAGACAGGCCUGGCUCAGUUUUAAAUACAUCUUACCUGAUCUGGCCCACUGCUUAUCAAUUGACAUGACAUUGGAGUUUGAUGUGAAUACGCUAAAGUACAAUGAGCCUGAAGGCAUUGAAACCAGAAUACCCAACUUUGGAUCAACAAAAUCCAUCGAGUACCUGGAUAACAGCACAAACUUUGCCGUCAAAGAAAUCACGAAAUACUUCCAUGACAUUGUGCAGUAUUUCGUCGACAAUGCUGGCUAUGAGCGUGAUGAGAGCAUUGUAGCAGCUCCGUACGACUGGAGAAAGUCGCCUUGGAGCAUGGAUGGGUACUUUGAGAGGCUGCAAGCUCUAGUGGAGAAUGUCACUGCUAAAUACAAUGCACCAGCCAUUGUCAUCUCUCAUAGUAUGGGUGGCCCAGUGUUGAAAGCAUUCUUCAACACCACCACCAGUGACUGGAGAGACAAGCACAUCAAGGCAUGGUUUCCCGUUGAAGGUGUGUGGAUCGGAUCGCCCAAAGUUCUCAAGGCCAUAGUGUCUGGCGACAACUUCGGCACACCGGCACCAGUGACCGAUCUCAUUGAUAUGGAACGGACGCUAGAGAGUACCCUGUUCUUAGCGCCAAUGCCUGGACUCUGGCCACAAAAUGUGUCCGAUGAGUUGAUCAUUGUGGACGACACAAGAAAAACGUACGGUGUAUCCGACUACUUGGAGCUGCUGCAGGCACUAAACAUGAGCAACGCCCAAGAGCGGCUCACAAGUGUGAUGACCAAACGCCAAACGAUACAUGGUCCCCCCGGUGUUCGCAUGUACUGCAUCUAUGCAACAAACGUAGACACAGCCUGGGGUUACAAGUACAGUGCACUGGACAGGUCUGGACCUGAGAAGGAUAUCAUAGGUGAUGGUGACGGAACAGUGCCACUGCCCAGUCUGGAGUUUUGUCGAAACUGGGUUGGAAAACAACCGCAGCCAGUUGUGCUCAAAACUUUCCCGAACGUGAACCACGUUGGUGCCAUCAUGGAUGCCGACAUCUUUAAAUACAUUCACGCAGAGAUGGAUUCUCUGGCAGAGGAGCACACCUCUAGAGCGUAGGCACCGUGUCCGGCGUCUCUCUCUCUCUCUCUCUCUCUCUCUCUCUCUCUCUCUCUCUCGCUCUCUCUCUCUCUCUCUCGCUCUCUCGCUCUCUCUCUCUCUCUCUCGCGCUCUCUCACUCUCUCUCUCUCUCUCUCUCUCUCUCUCUCUCUCUCUCUCUCUCUCUCUCUCUCUCUCUCUCUCUCUCUCUCUCUCUCUCUCUCUCUCUCUCUCUCUCUCUCUCUGAUACUUAAAAUGACAGUAAGAAAGCAGCGUGUUUGCUGUUCUGCUGCUGCUCUGCACCAGGGGUUGGGAUGCUGAGUAGCGCGCCGAGUCGCUGAUGCCCCGGUGUAGUGCUCUACUAGGGGUAUAUUUUGAUAAUUUUUACCAUUUCUUUCUAUUUUCUAGAGUAGUAUCGAAUGAGCUUGUGUUGGCAGAAGAUUUUCCAAAAAAUUCUCGCAUCCGGCAACUUACUUGGUGGUGUGACCACCAGUAUUUUUUUGUUAUUGCAGCAUAUUACUUCAAAAAAUUAUUUACGUCCUAAUAUACAAAUCUCCUCAGUCCUGCUCUUGUACUGUGCUCAUCAUGAUAUCACUCCUGGGCCGGUCUGUCGCUAUGAUGUCAUAGUUGCUUCUCGUUUCCACUCCUUACCUUCUCUCUCUCUCUCUUUUCUUCAUCAUGAGAAUGGACAUGUGCUAUUUAAAGGGUGUUGCAUUGCUUUUGUGAUCUGAUCUUCCAACUAUUUAUUUUUCAACAAAUUUAACGUUUUUUUUCUCGAAUUAAUUUUACUGAUACAUGUACAGUAUCAAGGCUCUGUUA